AUGGUAGGGGAGGCUGUGGUUGAAGGCAUCGGUUCAGAAGAUGCCAAGAGGGGGGCUUCUGUUAAAGAAGCCACUGUAGGUAUGGACAAAGUGACUGGCAGCUUGCUGGGAGACUUGGUACCUUCUUCUUUUGAGCUGACACUUGGUCCUUUGACUGGACUAAUUGUGGGUCCAUUAUUGAUAGUUGUUACCAAUGGGUUUGCAGCAGAUUGGGGUGUUGGUGAUGAUUCUUUUGGAACCAGUAAAGGUGCAGGCAUGGGUCCAGCUGAUACUUGGGGUGAUGGUGCUGAAACCGGACUGGAGCCAGGAGCUGGACUAAUUGUGGGCCCAUUAUUGAUGGAUGCUGCCAAUGGGUUUGCAGCGGAUUGGGCUGUUGGUGGUGCUUCUUUUGAAACCAGUAAAGGUCCAGGCAUGGGUCCAGCUGAUACAUGGAGAGGUGUUGCCAAAACUGGAUUGCUGCCAGGAACUGUGGGGGCAACAGGAAUGGAGAUGGACUUAAUGGGGGCAUCAUUGGCCAUGUCAGCAGGUGACAACGUUGUGCUGUCAGCUGUUGAUGUGGUUGGUACAAGAGCAGGAAUUGACCAUGGAGCAUUUCCACCAGAUAGCUCAUGGGUUGGAAUUGACCAUGGAGCAUAUCCGCCAGCUAGGUCAUGGGUUGGCCUGAGUAAACUAGUUGGUGACAAUGGAGCGGGUUUGCCAACAAUCACAUUGGAUGCCAGUUGA